UGGCCUUGGUCACCAGUGUUUUGGGCGAAAUGAUAUUUGAUGACACCAAAUUGGACUUCACCACGAUAUCAGUGAUACCUAACGACGCUCCUGCAGGAUUUGCAGUCAAAAAUUUAAAUGACCAUCACACCAAUUUUAGCCAGAAUUAUAAAUUAUUAAAUACGAAGUACUCGGAUUAUUUUACGGUGUUGAAAGAUGGUUUGGUGAUGACUACAGGUGACUUGGGACCUUUGACAAACCGUCCGAUAAACUUGCAGGUUUUGGAAAAAUCUGAGAAUGGUACCUCGAGAAAAGACUUGAGGCUGUAUGUGGUUAAUAGGAAGGACAUGUUGCAAUUUACAAAUUUGGAUGGUAUAGUUGGCGAAAUUUCUGAAAGUGCUUUGCCUGGUGCAAGAGUCUACAAUUUACCAAUGUUGAGGGCUGCAAGUAUGUCCAGGAAGACACCUUUGGUGUACUCCAUAGUAAAGGGCAAUGAAAAUGGUACUUUUGCCCUGGAGGAUGAUCCUGAGUACGGUCCUGGAGUCUGGUUGGUCUUGAGGAAUCAUCUGGAUUACGAGACACAAAACAGGUACUUGUUGACUUUGCAAGCAAAUGACGCCCAAGGGAUAAACAAAGCUUUGGUUGACGUCGAUAUAAAAGUCCUAAAUAUCAACGACAACAAUCCUGUUUUUGAAAAAACCGUGUACAGAUUUAUAGUACGUGGUUAUAGGCGUGAAAACGAAACAGUCUUGUACAAAAGAUUUGAAACCGUAGGCACUGUCAAAGCUUUUGACAAAGACGGUGACAAAAUCGUGUACAAACUAUCAAACCCCAGUAACAUUUUUGUUAUUGUACCCCAAACUGGAGACAUUUUGCUCGUGGAUCAACCUACUGAAGACGAGUAUGUUUUGGCAGUUCAAGCCCAUGAUUUAGGUGAACCCAAAAACAGGUUCAGCAAAAGAUCUGCAAGUGUCGUCAUCGACUUCAAACCGCCCUUGGACGAAAAACUGAACCGAGACUUCGAACUCGAUGACAAAGAUUUGGCACCGGAGUCACAAUUUUUGAAGUACGCCAAACACGACAUGAAACUCGAAGACGGCUUGAAUGAUGUUUUAGACAAACAUGAUGACCUCAGGGAUAUUCUAAGUGACUCCAAACGCCACCAGGACUACUACGAUGACUUAGACACCAACAAUCUUCAACCUGGUGAAGACACUGGUGUCUUUUACCAUUCUAGGCAAAAACGUAGGGUUACCAGGGCUGUAAGACCCACCAAACGUGUCGAAUUUGCUGAAUCUGAUGGUGAUCUUGAAGGACGAAGUGUUUUUCAAUUGGAGAAGGAGACUGAUAGGGAAACUUUCAAGAUUAGGGACGAAAAUGCUUGGGUCACUGUGGAACCUAAUGGUGCUGUCAGGGUGAAGAAACGUUGGGACUACGAGGAAUUGGGACCGGACAAGACCAUCGACUUCUGGGUCACCAUUCAUAACAACGGAACCAAAAAUGGAGGACUAAAAUAUACGGACAACCAGAGAGUCAUAGUCCACGUCAGGGAUGUAAAUGACGAGCCGCCUUAUUUUAUAAAUCGGCCCUUACCAAUGCAAGCUGUAGUACAACUAAAUGCACCCCCAAAUACACCAGUUUUUACCCUCCAAGCCAGAGAUCCUGACACUGACCACAAUAUUCACUAUUUUAUAGUCAGAGACAGAACUGGGGGUAGAUUUGAGGUUGAUGAAAGAUCAGGCGUCGUCCGAAGUAGGGGUACAGAUGCCUUCCAACUGGACAUGGAAUAUGUUUUGUAUGUAAAAGCUGAAGAUCAAAAUGGUAGAGUCGAUGACAAGAGGUUUCAAGCUACUCCUGAGGAAAGAUUGAGCAUCGUUGGAGGCAAACGCGCGCCACAGUUUUACAUGCCGAGCUAUGAAGCUGAGAUUCCUGAAAACCAGAAAAAGGACUCUGACAUCAUUUCAGUAAAGGCCAAAUCCUUCGCAGAUCGCGAAAUAAGGUACACCUUGAAGGCCCAAGGCCAAGGUGCAGGUACUUUUAACAUUGGGCCUACUUCUGGCAUCGUAAAAUUGGCCAAAGAAUUGGAUUUUGAAGACCUAAGACAACCUCAUGUUUAUUCUUUGGUGGUGACAGCCACUGAAGACUCUGGAGGCUUCUCAACAUCUGUCGAGCUGACCAUUAGGGUAACAGAUGUGAAUGACAAUGCCCCUAAAUUCGAGUUGCCAGAUUAUCAAGCCCAUAAUGUCGAUGAAGAUAUUCCUUUAGGCACAUCUGUCCUAAAAGUAAAAGCUGCUGAUGCUGAUUCAGGAGCAAAUGCUGAAGUCGAAUAUUUGGUUUCUGAUGAACAUUUUUCUGUGGACGCCGGAGGAGUCAUUACUAAUAAUAAACAGUUGGAUGCUGAUAAUAAUAAUGCUUAUUACGAGUUCCAGGUGACUGCCCAAGAUAAAGGUGAACCUGCCAAAACUGGUACAGCAACUGUUCGUGUUUACACCAAGAAUAAAAACGAUGAGGAACCUAAGUUUUCUCAACAGGUUUAUACCCCAAAUGUGGACGAAAAUGCUGGUCCAAAUACUUUGGUAACUACAGUAGUAGCCAGUGACAAAGAUGGUGACAAUGUUCGAUUUGGUUUUGUUGGAGGUGGAACCAGUUCUGGCCAAUUUGUCAUUGAAGACAUUACUGGUGUCAUCAGAUUACAUGGUAAGGCAAUUUCUCUGGAUCGUGACAAGUACGAACUAAAUGUGACAGCAAUGGACGAUGGUGCUUGUUGUGCCAAUGGUGAAAGAACAGUUCAUACUUCAACAGCAGUUGUUGUUGUUUUCAUCACCGAUGUCAACGACAACAAACCAGUUUUCCGAGACUGUGCAACUUAUUACCCAAAAGUUGAAGAAGGUGCUCCAAAUGGUAGCCCUGUCAUCAAAGUGCAUGCUACUGACGAAGACAAAGGAGUCAAUGGACAGGUUAAAUACUCCAUAGUGCAACAACCUAACCAAAAAGGUACCAAGUUUACUGUCGACGAAGAAACUGGUGAAGUCUCCACCAACAAAGUCUUCGAUCGUGAAGGAGAUGAUGGUAAAUUUGUAUCAGUAACUGUCAAAGCUACUGAUCAAGGUGAACCUUCUCUGGAAGGCGUUUGUUCUUUCACUGUUGAAAUUACUGAUGUCAACGACAACCCACCUUUGUUCGACAGACAGAAAUAUGUCGAGAAUGUAAAACAAGAUGCCUCAAUCGGCACCAACAUUCUUCGAGUGUCAGCUUCAGACGAAGAUGCUGAUAACAAUGGUGCUAUUGUCUACACCUUAUCAGCUCCUUAUAAUCCAGCUGAUUUGGAAUACUUUGAAAUCCAACCUGAAAGUGGAUGGAUUGUCUUGAGGAAACCUCUUGACCGUGAGACUUAUAAAUUAGAAGCAAUGGCUCAGGAUAAAGGCUAUCCACCUUUAUCCAGAACUGUAGAAGUUCAAAUUGAUGUGGUAGAUCGUGCAAAUAAUCCACCAGUUUGGGACCAUGUCGUUUAUGGGCCAAUUUAUAUUAGGGAAAAUUUGCCAGUUGGUGCUAAAGUCGUUUCGGUUAAAGCCAGUUCUGGUAUAGAAGGCAACCCAACGGUUUUCUAUCGCCUAAUGCCAGGAUCAACAGCUCAGACCAAUAAAUACCACACAUUUUACCUUCAACAAAGAUCUGAUAAUGGUUUUACUUGGGCUGAUAUCAAAGUAAAUCAUCCACUGGACUAUGAGACCAUCAAGGAGUAUAAUUUGACCAUACGUGUAGAGAACAAUGGUGCCCAACAAUUGGCUUCUGAAGCAACAGUUUACAUAAUGCUGGAAGACGUCAACGAUGAAAUUCCUUUAUUUACUGAAAGAGAACAAGAAACUGUCUUGGAAGGUGAACCAAUUGGCACCAAAGUCACCCAAGUGAAUGCCAUUGACAAGGAUGGAACUUUUCCUAAUAACCAGGUCUAUUACUAUGUGGUAGAUUCUCCAAGAAAUGAAGGCAAAGACUUUUUCGAAAUAAACCUUCAGUCAGGGGAAGUUUUUACCAAAGUUGUCUUUGAUAGGGAAAAGCAGGGCGCCUACGCCCUUGAAAUCGAGGCCAGAGACGGGGCAACCAGUGCCAGGCCUAAUAGCAACAAUCAUCCGAAUUCAGUGACCAAAUUUAUCCGUAUCGGAAUAGCUGAUAAGAAUGACAAUCCUCCAUAUUUCGACAAAGCCCUUUACGAGGCUGAAGUGGACGAAAAUGAGGACAUACAGCAUACUGUCCUUACUGUCACCGCCAAAGAUCACGAUGAAUCCUCGCGUAUUCGAUACGAGAUUACAAGCGGUAACAUAGGUGGAGCUUUCGCUGUGAAAAAUAUGACCGGUGCCAUCUACGUUGCAGGAGCACUGGACUACGAAACGAGGAAACGGUACGAACUGCGAUUGGCGGCCUCUGAUAACCUCAAAGAAAACUACACGACAGUUGUAAUUCACGUAAAAGACGUGAACGACAAUCCUCCUGUUUUCGAAAGACCUACAUACAGGACACAAAUCACUGAAGAAGACGACAGGAAUUUACCGAAACGUGUCCUACAGGUGACAGCCACUGAUGGUGACAAGGAUAGGCCACAAAAUAUUGUUUAUUUCCUGACAGGACAAGGUAUUGAUCCUGACAAUCCUGCCAACAGCAAAUUCGAUAUUAACAGGACGACUGGGGAAAUUUUCGUACUCAAGCCUUUAGAUAGAGAUCAGCCCAACGGACGACCCCAGUGGCGUUUCACAGUUUUUGCCCAGGACGAGGGGGGUGAAGGACUUGUUGGCUAUGCUGAUGUCCAAGUUAAUCUCAAGGAUAUCAAUGAUAAUGCUCCUAUAUUUCCACAAGGUGUGUACUUCGGCAACGUCACUGAAAAUGGUACAGCUGGUAUGGUGGUGAUGACAAUGUCUGCAGUCGAUUAUGAUGAUCCAUCAGAAGGCACAAAUGCCAGAUUGGUGUAUUCUAUCGAAAAAAAUGUCAUUGAGGAAGAAACUGGUUCACCGAUCUUCGAAAUUGAGUCCGAUACUGGAGUUAUCAAGACUGCGGUGUGUUGUCUGGAUAGAGAAAGAACUCCUGAUUAUUCCAUACAAGUGGUUGCAAUGGACGGUGGAGGGUUAAAAGGGACAGGGACGGCUUCUAUAAGGGUCAAAGAUAUAAACGACAUGCCUCCACAAUUUACCAAAGAUGAAUGGUUUACAGAAGUCGACGAAACUGAUGGCACAAAUCUCCCUGAAAUGCCUAUUUUGACGGUGACUGUCCAUGAUGAGGAUGAAACCAACAAGUUCCAGUACAAGGUUAUCGACAACUCUGGUUACGGUGCUGAUAAAUUUACAAUGGUACGCAAUAAUGAUGGUACAGGAUCCUUAAAAAUCGUGCAACCCUUAGACUACGAAGACCAACUCCAGAGCAACGGUUUUAGAUUCAGAAUUCAAGUAAACGACAAAGGCGAAGACAAUGAUAACGACAAAUACCACGUUGCAUACUCAUGGGUUGUGGUGAAACUCCGAGACAUCAACGACAAUCGUCCACAAUUCGAAAGACCAAAUAUAGAAGUAUCAGUUUACGAAAACGCAGACGUCGGCAAGGCUUUGGAAACCUUUAAGGCUACUGAUCCUGACCAAGGUGGAAAAAGUAGAGUAUCUUAUGCAAUUGAUAGAUCCUCAGACAGACGACGACAGUUUAGUAUCAGCUCUGAAGGCACUGUUAGUAUCCAAAGAUCUCUGGAUCGUGAGGAAACUCCCAGACACCAGGUUAAAAUCCUUGCAAUUGAUGAUGGUGUUCCACCAAAAACGGCGACAGCAACUUUAACAGUAAUUGUACAAGAUAUAAAUGAUAAUGCACCGACGUUCUUGAAGGCAUACCGUCCAGUUUUACCAGAACAUGUGCCACCAAGAAAAGUUAUCGAAAUUUUAGCAACUGAUGAUGAUGAUAGAUCCAAGAGUAAUGGCCCACCGUUCCAAUUUAGACUUGAUCCUGGUGCAGAUGAUGUUAUCAGGGCUUCCUUCAAAGUUGAACAAGAUCAGAAGGGUGCCAACGGUGACGGUAUGGCAAUUGUGUCAUCCCUAAGAUCCUUCGACAGAGAACAACAAAAAGAAUACUUAAUUCCAAUAGUGAUCAAAGAUCAUGGUAACCCAGCAAUGACUGGUACAAGCAUGACAGUCGUCAUUGGUGAUGUAAAUGACAACAAAAUGCAACCUGGUUCCAAGGAAAUCUUCGUCUACAACUACCAAGGACAGGCUCCUGAGACUGAAAUUGGACGUGUAUACGUUUACGAUUUGGACGACUGGGAUUUACCAGACAAAAAAUUCUAUUGGGAAGCUGUUGAGCACCCCAGAUUCAAAUUGAACGAUGAUACAGGGAUGAUUUACAUGAAACCUGGUACCAAAGAUGGACGUUACCAGCUAAGGUUUAGGGUUUAUGAUAGGAAACACACGCAAACGGAUGUUCCAGCAAAUGUUACAGUAGUUGUAAGGGAGUUACCGAGAAGGGCUGUGCUGAAUUCGGGAUCUGUGCGUUGAGGAUUGACUGAUGAAGAUUUUAUCAGGGUUUGGGAUUAUAGGACCCAAAGUCCACACCGAAGCAAAGCUGAAAGGUUCCGUGACAAAAUAGCAGAUCUUUUGAGCAUCGAUCGCAAUAAUGUUGAUGUCUUCAGUGUCCAAACCAGAAGACACCAUCCUGCAAUUACUGAUAUCAGGUUUGCAGCUCGUGCAGAAACCUAUUACAAACCUGUCAGGCUAAAUGGUAUAGUUUUGAUGCACCGGGAAGAGAUCGAAAGAGAUGUCGGUAUAAACAUCACCAUGGUAGGAAUUGACGAGUGUUUGUAUGAGAACAAAAUGUGUGAAGGUUCUUGCACUAAUAAUUUGGACAUCAGCAACUUGCCUUAUAUGGUAAAUGCUAAUAAGACUGCUCUGGUUGGUGUUAGGGUUGAUGUUUUGGCAGAGUGCACGUGUGGUGCUAGGAACUUUAGUAAACCUGAAAGCUGCAGGACGUCACCUUGUCACAAUGGUGGACGUUGCACAGAAUCUCGUAGAGGAGCUCAUGGGCCAACUUGUUCAUGUCCUGCAGGAUAUACUGGUCCUAGAUGUCAACAAACUGCAAGGAGUUUCCGAGGUGGACAAGGAUGGGCUUGGUAUCCAGCCUUGGAAAUGUGUUCAGAUUCACAUCUUUCUAUAGAAUUUAUUACCAGGAAACCCGAUGGUGUCCUCCUCUACAACGGCCCUAUAGUCCCACCAGAGCCAGAAGAAAUCAUGGUAUCCGAUUUCAUAUCCCUGGAACUGGAACGUGGUUAUCCCAGACUUCUGAUAGAUUUUGGAUCAGGAACCCUAGAACUUCGUGUAAAAACCAGGAAAAGUCUGGACGACGGCGAAUGGCACAGGAUUGACAUAUUUUGGGACACGGAAAACGUUCGAAUGGUCGUCGAUCAUUGUCGAUCUGCUGAGGUUUCGGAGUUGGAGGACGGAUCUGCUCCUGAAUUUGAUGGUGAAACCUGUCAAGCAAGGGGUACUGUCCCUCCGUUUAAUGAGUAUUUGAAUGUUAAUGCUCCUUUACAAAUCGGUGGUUUGUACAUGGAGCAAUUCGAUCCUACCCAUUACAGAUGGCAAUACAUGCCUUCUGGUAAAGGUUUUGAUGGUUGUGUACGCAAUUUAGUACACAACAGUGUCCUUUACGAUUUGGCUCAUCCUGGUUUGUCAAGGAAUAGUGCUGCAGGUUGUCCUCAAACUGAAGAAGUUUGUGCACAAUCUGAAACCACAGCAAGAUGUUGGGAACAUGGUUCCUGUGCUGGUUCCUUCACCGAAGCAAGAUGUGUCUGCAGACCUGGCUGGACAGGACCAGCUUGCUCAGUUCCAACCAUUCCUACACAAUUCAAACAACAAAGUUACGUCAAAUACGCCUUAAGUUUUGAACCAGACAGAUUCAGCACAAGAAUCCAGCUAAGGUUCCGUACUAGAGAAGAACAUGGUGAGUUGUUCAGGGUCAGCGAUCAACACAACAGGGAAUACGGAAUUCUGGAAAUCAAGGAAUCUCGUCUCCACUUCCGAUACAAUUUGAAUUCUCUGAGAACUGAAGAAAGGGACAUCAGGUUGAGCCAUGUUGCUGUUGAUGAUGGCCAAUGGCACGUGGUUAGAGUUGCGAGACAUGGAUCUACUGCUUCUUUGGCUUUGGAUGGUGGUGAAGGCAGGAGAUAUAAUGAGACAUACAACUUUGAAGGUCACCAAUGGUUGUUGGUCGAUAAGCAAGAAGGUGUUUAUGCUGGUGGAAAAGCUGAAUAUACAGGAGUGAGGACUUUUGAAGUUUAUGCUGAUUAUCAAAAAGGUUGUUUAGAUGAUAUCCGUCUAGAAGGCAAACAUCUUCCACUUCCUCCGGCCAUGAAUGGAACCCAAUGGGGCCAGGCAACUAUGGCCAGAAAUUUAGAAAGACAAUGUUUGUCUAAUAGGCCUUGUCAAAAUGUAAUUUGUCCUGAUCCUUUCGAAUGUGUAGAUUUGUGGAACGAGUAUGAGUGCACUUGUGGUGAAGGUCGAGUGGUUUCACCAGACGCCAAAGGUUGUGCAGACAAAGACGAAUGUCUGGACCUGCCUUGUCUGAAUGGAGGAACCUGCAUAAAUCAGGAACCCAGAUUGAGGUACCGGUGUAUCUGUCCUGACGGGUUCUGGGGCGAAAACUGCGAGUUGGUGCAGGAGGGCAGAACCCUAAAACUCAGUAUGGGCGCUUUGGCGGCUAUUCUAGUUUGUCUGCUGAUGAUACUCAUUUUGGUGCUCGUUUUCGUGGUUUACAAUCGAAGGAGAGAGAGCCAUGUUAAAUAUCCAGGAGGACCUGAUGAUGAUGUCAGGGAGAAUAUUAUUAAUUACGAUGACGAAGGUGGCGGCGAAGACGACAUGACAGCCUUCGAUAUAACGCCUUUACAAAUUCCUGUUGGAGGGCCUCAUCCGGCCCUGGGAGCCCCUGGUUUGGUGCCCCCUGCAGGAAAAAUGCAGCCCUGCAUUAUGACGCAACCUGCAUUCAGAAAUCCAGUGCCGUUAAAUCCAGGGGAACCUCAGUCAGUGGCGGCGUUUAUUGGGGAGCAUAAAAAGCGUUCGGAUGCUGACCCGAAUGCACCCCCUUUCGACGACUUGAGGAACUACGCCUAUGAAGGCGGCGGCUCCACCGCGGGCAGUCUUAGUUCGCUAGCAUCAGGUACGGAUGAUGAGCAACAAGAAUACGAUUAUCUAGGGGCCUGGGGCCCCCGAUUUGAUAAAUUAGCCGACAUGUACGGCCCCACUGGAAAUGAACACGAACACGAUGACGAACUGUAAAGAAAAAAAAAUGACUAAAGAAAAAAAAUUGGAUGAAGACGAAUUUAAAAAUCUGGUACUUAAACUGUAAGUACAUAUAUGUUUACAUAUCAAAUAAUUCGGUUUCGAACUUGUACUGGGAUAAAUAAUUUGUUUGACGUCCUGACGAGUU